UUCAAGCAAUGGCUCUAUGGUGCAGUGAGUCUGUGACAGCAGUUUCCCUUCCAUCUCUCCUCUGAGCCUCCCUCUCUUGCCUUCCCUGGAACUCAUGUGGUUUUCCAAGGCCCUUUUGAUCACUGGUUUGCUUUCAGAGUUACACAACCACACCAAGUUAACAAUUAACUGUGUGCCAUCAGGAUUUGAUCCUGACACCGACCAAGGGUGUGUAGGGACUUUUAUUCCAAGCAUCUACCCAGGACUCUCACAACUGAGCAGAACGAGAGAAGGAGCUGCUGGCUCUGCCCGCCCCAGGCAUGCCAGCAUCUCUGGAGGAGUUCUGUGGCUCCGUCUUCUGGAAUGACUCCUACCUUGCUCGCCCAGAUGCCGACCUGCCGGUGUGCUUCCAGCAGACAGUGCUGGUCUGGAUCCCCCUCGGCUUCCUCUGGGUUUUGGCUCCAUGGCAGCUCCUUCCCAUUUGCAAAUCUAAAUCCAAGAAAUCAUCUCUGACCAAACUCUACAUCAUCAAACAGGUGCUGGCUACAUUGCUGUUGAUGACAGCUGUGGCAGAGUUGGUCUUGACAAUUACAGAGGGCACAGGGCAGAACCCCCUGCCAGCUGUCAUGUACACCAACCCCAGCCUGUACAUCGUCACAUGGGUCCUGGUCCUGCUGAUCCACUAUGCACGGCACUUCUGCUUGUGCAGAGAUUCGGUGGUACUGUUCUGCUUCUGGAUCCUGUCCCUGCUCUGUGGGAUCCUGCCAUUCCAGUCCCUUGUCCGGAGAGCACUGCAGGAUCCUAUCUCAGAUGUGCGGCGGUUUGUCCUCUUCUUCAUCUCCUAUGGGCUCCAGCUGCUGCUCUUUGUUGUCUCAGGCUUCUCAGAUAUAUCCCCAGAAGCAAAAGAAAUUGCAGAGAAGAACCCAGAGGUGACAGCCUCCAUCCUGAGCUCCGUCACCUUUGAGUGGUACAGCAGGAUUGUUUACAAGGGCCAUCGGAAGCCCUUGGAAAUUGAAGAUGUCUGGGAGUUGAAAGAUAAAGACAGGACACAGGCCAUAUCUGCUGCUUUUCAGAAGAACAUGAAAGCUGCAUUGAGGAAGGCCCAGGAAGAAUUAGAGAAACGGAAACGCAAGAAAAGACGCCGGGAACAUGAUACAGAGCACAUGAAUGGGAUGAGCAAGGCCCAGAGCCAGGACGUCCUGGUGCUGGAGGAGAGACAGCCAAAGAAGAAGAAAAAGAAGAAGGGAGGUAAAGGGGACUCUUCUCACAAGGAUUACCCCAAGAAGUGGCUGAUGAAAGCCCUCUUUAAGACCUUCAUUGGGAACCUCAUGAUGUCGGUGGCUUUCAAAUUGGUACAUGAUGUGCUUGUGUUUGUCAGUCCCCAGCUGCUGAAGCUGCUGAUCGCCUUUGUGUCAGAUGCGGAAGCCUUUGCCUGGCAGGGGUACCUGUACAGCAUCCUGCUUUUCCUGACUGCGAUGCUCCAGUCCCUCUGCCUGCAGCAGUACUUCAACCUAUGCUUCCAGCUUGGCACAAAUGUGCGUGCCAGCCUCAUUGCUGCUAUCUACAAGAAGGCACUCACCAUGUCCAGUGCCACUCGCAAAGAGUCUACAGUGGGAGAGACUGUGAACCUGAUGUCAGCUGAUGCCCAAAGAUUCAUGGACUUGGCCAACUUUGUUCACCAGCUCUGGUCAUCACCCCUGCAAAUUAUCUUGUCUAUCGUCUUCCUCUGGCUAGAGCUGGGCCCCUCUGUCCUGGCUGGCAUUGCAGUCAUGGUGCUGCUCAUCCCUAUAAAUGGAUUCCUGGUCAACAAGUCCAAACACAUACAGGUGAGGAACAUGAAGAACAAGGAUGAACGCAUGAAAAUAAUGGGUGAAGUCCUCAAUGGAAUCAAGAUCUUGAAGCUUUUUGCCUGGGAGCCCUCAUUUGAGAAGCGAAUCAAUGAGAUUCGGGCAUGUGAGCUGAAGAACUUGCUGAAGUUUUCAUACCUUCAGUCAGUUUCUAUCUUCGUGUUCUCUUGUGCCCCCUUCCUGGUCUCCUUGGCCAGUUUUGCUGUCUAUGUACUGGUGGAUGAGAACAACGUCCUGGAUGCACAGAAAGCCUUCACCUCCAUCUCCCUUUUCAAUGUGCUACGCUUCCCCAUGGCCAUGCUGCCCAUGGUUCUCUCUUCCCUGGUGCAGACCAGUGUCUCAAAGGAGAGGCUGGAGCGGUACCUGGGUGGAGAGGAUCUGGACACCUCGUCUAUCCAUCAUGACUCCAUCCCAGGCAGUGCUGUACGCUUCUCAGAGGCCACGUUUACCUGGGAGCAGGAUGGGAACCCUGUGAUAAGAGAUGUCACCCUGGACAUCAAACCUGGGAGCCUGGUAGCUGUGGUCGGGGCUGUGGGCUCAGGGAAGUCUUCGCUGAUAUCGGCCAUGCUGGGGGAGAUGGAGAAUAUCAAAGGACACAUCAAUAUCCAGGGCUCCCUAGCCUAUGUCCCCCAGCAGGCCUGGAUCCAGAAUGCCACACUGAGAGACAAUAUCCUUUUUGGGUCAGAGCUGGAUGAAGCUAGGUACCAGAAGGUCAUCAAGGCCUGCGCCCUCCUUCCAGACCUGGAGCUACUACCUGCAGGUGACCAGACAGAGAUUGGAGAGAAGGGCAUUAACCUGAGUGGGGGCCAGAAGCAGAGGGUCAGCCUGGCCAGGGCAGUGUACAAUGAUGCGGACAUUUACAUCCUGGAUGACCCUCUAUCUGCUGUGGAUGCACAUGUUGGCAAGCACCUCUUUGAGCAUGUUCUGGGACCUAAAGGGCUGCUGCAGAAGAAGACACGGAUCUUGGUGACGCACAGUAUCAGUUUCCUGCCCCAGGUUGAUAACAUCGUGGUGUUGGUGGCAGGAGCAGUGUCUGAACAUGGUUCCUACAGCACCCUGCUUGCAAACAGGGGGGCCUUCGCCCAGUUCCUGAACUCGUAUGGCAGCCAGGAGGAGAGUGCUGCAGAGGAAACUACAGCAGCUGUUGAUUUAGAUGGGGUUGAAGAGCAGGGGGAUGAAGGUAUGGAGCCUUGUGUGGAGGAGGGGCCCGAUGAUGUGGUGACCAUGACGCUGAAGCGAGAGGCCAGCAUCCAUCGCAAAGAGUUCACCCGCAGCAUCAGUAAGCAGAGCACCACUUCUGUGAAUAAGGCCCAGGAGGAGCCCAUCAAGAUAAAGGGCCAGAAGCUGAUUGAGAAGGAAACUGUGGAAACUGGCAAGGUGAAGUUCUCUAUGUACCUGCGGUACCUCCGUGCUGUUGGUUUGGUCUUUUCCUUCUGUGUUGCCAUGAGCUACGUGGGAGAGUAUGCUGCCUAUGUGGGGACCAACUUGUGGCUCAGUGCCUGGACCGAUGAUGCAGAGCGCUACCAGAAUGAGACCUACCCAGUGCAGCAGCGAGACCUGCGGAUCGGUGUCUUUGGGGCGCUGGGGGUUUCACAGGCUCUCUUCCUGUUCCUUGCAACCAUCCUGUCUUCUCACGGUGCCAUGCGGGCCUCCCGGAUUGUGCACGAGCAGCUUCUCAGUAACAUCCUUCGUGUUCCCAUGAGCUUUUUUGACACAACUCCCACUGGCCGCAUUGUGAACAGGUUUGCCAAGGACAUCUUCACAGUAGAUGAGACCAUCCCCAUGUCUUUCCGCAGCUGGCUCAACUGUUUCAUGGGUAUCAUUAGCACAUUGCUCAUGAUUGCCUUGGCCACCCCCUUAUUCACUAUUGUUAUUGUUCCCUUGGGCAUCUUCUACUACUUUGUGCUGCGCUUCUACAUCUCCACAUCACGCCAGCUGCGGCGCCUGGACUCCGUCACCAGGUCUCCCAUCUACUCCCACUUUGGUGAGACAGUGUCAGGCCUUUCUGUCAUCCGGGCCUAUGGACAUCAACAGCGGUUCCUGCAGCACAACGAGAAGACAAUGGACAUCAACCAGAAAAGUGUUUACUCUUGGAUAAUCUCAAAUAGAUGGCUGGCCAUCCGCCUGGAGUUUGUUGGGAGCCUGGUGGUCUUCUUCUCUGCAGUUCUGGCUGUGAUUUCAAAAAACUCUUUGGAAGGUGGCAUUGUGGGUCUCUCCGUCUCCUCUGCCCUCAAUGUGACCCAGACACUGAACUGGCUGGUGCGGGUGUCUUCAGAGCUGGAGACAAAUAUUGUGGCAGUGGAACGGGUGCACGAGUACACGAAGGUCAAGAGAGAGGCUCCAUGGGUGACAGACAAGCGCCCACCCCACGGCUGGCCCAGCAAAGGCGAGAUCCAGUUUGUGGAUUACAAAGUUCGGUACCGACCUGAACUGGAGCUGGUUCUUCAGGGGAUCACCUGCAAUAUUCAGAGUACUGAGAAGGUUGGGGUUGUGGGCCGGACAGGGGCUGGAAAAUCCUCCCUCACCAACUGCCUCUUCCGUGUACUGGAGGCUGCUGGGGGAAAGAUCAUCAUUGAUGGGUUGGACAUAGCGACCAUUGGCUUGCAUGACCUACGCAAGAACAUUACCAUCAUCCCCCAGGAUCCUGUGCUCUUCACUGGUACCCUGCGGAUGAACCUGGACCCUUUUGACCAGUACACUGAUGAGGAGGUGUGGAAGGCCCUCGAGCUAGCUCACCUGAAGGCAUAUGUGCAAGAACUUCCUGAGAGGUUGCAACACAUCGUGAGCGAGGGAGGGGAGAACCUGAGCGUUGGGCAGAGACAGCUCGUGUGUCUGGCUCGGGCCCUUCUCCGCAAAGCCAAGAUCCUCAUCCUGGAUGAAGCAACAGCAGCUGUGGAUCUGGAAACUGAUCACUUAAUCCAGACAACAAUCCGGAGUGCGUUUGCCAACUGCACCGUCCUGACCAUUGCCCACCGCCUCCACACCAUCAUGGACAGCAACAGGGUGAUGGUGAUGCAUGCAGGGAAGAUUGUGGAAUUUGACAGCCCUGAGAAGCUACUUCAGAAGCAGAGCGUCUUCUCUGCAAUGGCAAAGGACGCCGGCAUCACCAACACAGAAACCACCACGCUGUAGGUGGCGUAAACAGCAUGCAGCUUGUGUGUGAGCAGCUCCCUCCUGCUGGGACUCAUCAACCCAGCACCUGAAUCUCCCUGCAGCUGGACUGCCCAGGACUUUGUCUCUACAGCUGUGAAGUGGAGAGAGUGACUUCUCUAACUGGCAGGGACAAAAGAUAGAGACUUUGACCUGUUACCUGCUGCUACACCCUGCCAGCUGUGUACAUGAGGGUCUCGAGCUACAUAACUUAUAGAGAAAAGAGUUAUGUCAAGCAGGGAAACAAUGUACCCCUCAGGGGUCCAAGUUUUUGUACUUUGUUAUGUCAGGGGAAUCUUGCUGAGAGAUGCUGUAGCACUACUGAAUGAAAUUGACAGUAUAAUCUAAGUGAAUGUUAUAAUUUAUUUACCUCUUGUAACUGUUUCUACUCUUCCUACUAAAAGACUGAUUUUAAGCUA